AGCAGAAUUUGAUUAUAACGCGAGCUGAUACAAUCAGGUGGUUUCCUCAACUUGGCCAUUUUUUUCAUAUCGACCAAUUCUUUUAUUGAGUUUUCUGUUUUUGGUCUUCAAGAGUUUUGAAGGAUAUUUUUCCUUUCCUCUCAAGAGAGGAACAAUAACACACUUGAAGUCAAUAUUGGUGAUAUUUCAAAGACAAUUAUCCCGCAGUCUGUGCUAUCGGCAUCGUAUGUGGUAACUAGUGCUUGCUGCCUGAGACGAUAUUAGUCAAUAUUCUCUCUAAAACAGUGUUCUGUUUCUGUGAAAAUUGCAAAUUAAUUUGGUAAAAGUUUCCGAUGUUGUAGAAAGUGGUUAUAUGGGAAUUCUAUAUUGCUCUCUGUGAUCUUGGUAGAACCAGCAAAAUUGAAAACCAAUGCUUUGGGGAGGAUUGUAUUGAUAUGAAAAGUUCGCACGAUAUCUUGAUCAGAAAAUAAAACAAACACUCUUCUAUUGGUUGCAUUUCAUUCUUUUGAGUCCUACUGUACCGAGUUUUUACCUUCUCCUUUAUAGCAUUUCUGUGAGACUGGACGCAGAUGUUUCAGGAAAAUUUUACAUCAACUUUUUUAUGUGUAUCGGAAAUCUUUAUUUUAACCAAUUUGGUGCUGGUCUUUGGACAAGGAACGUCAAAGCUGCCCAAUAAUUGCUUAGUUUAGGAGGGUUCAAAUUUCAAAGUCUUGGAGAAAUAUUUCUCUUUCAGUCUUAUCCAUAAUUAUUACCAAGGUGACGAAAAGGCGUUAAUUAAAUCGAUUUUUUCUGCAAAAAUUCUUGGAAGAAGGGAAAUUCUAAAAUGAAGAUGGAUGGAGAGAUGGAUUUAAGCCGUUUAUAUAUUUUUGAAAUCUCCAUCUGGGACGGGUUUUGAGCACUAAUUAAGACUGGCUAGUACUCAUCGAUCGAAGAGGCCUGGCUUUCUGAGACAUUGUAUCGAACGCUUUCGGGGAAAAACAGCACCAAGAUUUGUGUGAGUUAAGACUGAUUUCUUUGGACCCCGGCACGCAGCGCAGAUCAAUGGCGGAAGAACUGCUCGAGAUAAUUUGCCGUUUGAAAAGUAUACAAUUAUUCACGGUGAUUGUUCCGAUUUAAAGAGAACUUGUGAAGGACUCGUUCUUUAUUCUUUUUAACGAUGUUAUUUCUAGCUAUUGAAAAAAAUGCUACCAUCUGACAUGCGCAUACGUUUGUUAAACAAUUAUCCAAAUAUUGUGUAUUGAGUUUGUAGAUGAUAGUUUAUAGUUUGUUAUGGGAUAUGAGGAAUUUAUGUUGAUAUUUGCGUAACAUUUGGAAGCCGUAUGUGCAGUUAACAGUCACAUUAGGACAGAGUUUAAAUUGAGGAAAAUAUCAGCUGAUUUGGAUGUAAUUUUCUUUGUGUGUUUUUGGAUUAUUAAGAAUGUCCAUCAGUAAUUGUGGACAGGUCAUCUGCCACACCCCAUAUACUGUUUUUGGGACAAAUGCCGGGAAGACCUCGUCAAAAUGUUCUAAGAGUACCAGUUAUUGCCCGUCAGGUCACUACUAUGAGACCUGUCCCCAGGACAAAGGUGCACGCUGUGUCCAGUGUGACUCUAAGUCCUACCAGCCGGACAGAAAUGGACCACUGGACAAAUGUAAAGCAAAGACUACAUGUGACCGACAGAACAUGGAGUAUGCUGAUCAGGGCAGUGCACUGAGGGACGCUAAAUGUCGGUGUGCCCCCGGGUAUCACUUCCUGAAUACAGACCAAACCCACUGUGUCCCCAACAACGUGUGUCCAGUGGGCUGGGGACAAACAGAUUAUGGCUCGUGUGAAGAUUGUCACAAACGCAAUAUGUACUCAGACAAGGCAGAUAAAGUCCAAAGAUGUCAAGUGCUUCGAAACUGUGAGAAGGAAAACCGUUGUACUAAACGAAGGAGUAAUGGGACUUUCAAUAAUGAAUGUGAUCAACCAACAAAAGAUAUAUCUAACUGUACAAACCCAGGACCUGCGACUGGUUCACAUAGGGCGCUACAGUCGUCAGCAUCAGCUCCAAUAUACGCAGGCGCAGCAGUCGGUGCCAUCAUUUUCCUUGUCUUGAUCUUCUUUCUUGUAAUGUUCUUGCUAUGGAAACGACGUCGUGCGCAGUCGAAGGACGACGCACUUUCCAGGGACCAGAUAGAUAGCCUGUUGGAAAGAAUAGUAACACGUUCAGAGGGCGACGAGUCUUACAGCAGGAAAGUUAUUGCUGCCUCCUUCCGCGAGAUUGAAGACAGAAUAGACCGUCAGAUCUGGAAACUCCCUCAAGAGUUAUUCAGGGAACACAUGCAGCCCGCUAUGUACGAGGUCAUUGUUGAAAAAUACAAAGAAAAGGACCACAAGUACGCCAUCAAUGGGUACCUUCAGGAUUGGCGAGAAUGGAAGGGAGAGAACUCGGAGGCCAUCAGUCACCUCUUUAAAUGUCUCAGGCUGGUGGAGAGGGAGGACAUUGUGUAUGAAAUCUGCAAUAAAUUCAGAGAAGGGUACCCCGAGGUUGUCAUGGACGCGGAAGUCAAGUUGGACAACGGAAUCGUCAAGAAGAGAAGUCAAAAAAUCACAUUUAAAGAAUAUCUUAAAGAAACACUGUGUUGCUGUCCAUCUAAACGUAAACGUUAUACAGAGAAGGAUGAACCUAAGGAAACACAAGAUUCUUUACUUGACGCAAAAACAAAGGAAGCGGAAGUUUGCGAAAAAGAGAAGAUGGAAGAAUCCGAUGACGUCCUGCCGAUGUCCCCUUCAGAAGCCGGUGCUAUUUAUAGAGAACGACCAAGCCCCAGUGCCCCUGUCAUUGAUGAUGCAGGAAACGUGCAUGUCAUAAUUCCCAUGAACAGAGCUUAUUCAUUUCCGGUUCAAGCAAGCUCAUGAUUACGUUGUAUGAAACAGAGACAACGUGCAAUUUACAGCAUCAAAUGCUUUAAUGUGCAAUGAUCACUGCAUUCCGAGUUCAGUAGGAAUACACAGGUGUUCAUAGUGGUUGAAUAUUAUGGAUUUUGAACAAUAGUUGGGCGAAUUAUGUCUUUCAUUCAAAAUGAAAGCAGCCCUGUUUCUUGAAAGCUCGAAAAGACUUUCUUAUAAGAACAAACUGUACAUUACGUUUAAUAUGUGUAAAUGAACUCUGCGUUCAGUACAUUAACUUUCAUGAAGUGAUUUUCAUUUAAAUGUUGUUGCUUUUAAGUUGUUGUGUGAAUGGCUUUAUCUUAAACUGACAACGAGACCUCGUGUAUGACGUCAUCAGAGCCUAUAAGUAUUCAAACAAAUCGAGUACUUAACUACAUGUAGCUUAUGUAAUUUUAUCAUGGCGUGAUGGCUUUUUCGACAUCGACGCUUCGGUAUCAUUAUUAUCGAAAUAAUUCUUGAUAAGAAACUUAAUUAUAGUAAUAAUCGUAUUAGAUUCUGGUAUGGAAUUAUAAAUGAUGAACGGUGCACGCCAUUUUAUUGCCAUAGUAACGAUUUAUCAGUAACUGAUAUGAAGCUAUUUACUUCAUGGUGUCUCAUUAAGUUGUGUUAAAAUCUUAAUCAAAGCUUUGUCAUCGGGUUAUCUAUUACAAUUUACAUCAAUAAGGCACGGAAACUCACGUCAAGUUCUUCUAAAACGGAAUCAGUCCCAGCCUUAUAGCUUAAGAUAACAUCCAAAUGGAAAAAUAAAUGUGAUGAUAUGGAAUAUUAUGAAACCAAUAUCAAGUGCAUCGAUUUCAAAAAAAUGUUUUAUCAAUUAUUGUCGAAGUUAUCGGAACAGUUUUCCAUACAUUCAUCUCAAAUUAUCGAACACGAAUAGACAAUAUUAUGUCACUUCUAAACGCUUGUCACGUUGGCUGUUGUAAGUUAGUGCCCCUCGGUAUAUGAAAGAAAGCAAUUUACAAUAUGAUCAAUUUAUUGACUUAACAUGUAUGUUUUUUAUUAACAUAAUCAAAGGCAUUUAUUGAAUAAAUUCUAAUAGCGAAAUAAAAUGUAUUUUGAUAUGCUAA